UCUCCCUUCCUUGAGAGUUAAGAUGGCGGACCGGCGGCGACGGAGACGGCGCGCCUCUCAGGACAGCGAGGAGGAGGACGAGUCCGCCUCGGGCUCCGAGAGCGGGAGAGCCCUCUCGGCCGGCCGGAAGCCUCGCGGAAGAGACCCCGAGCCGGUUGAAUCGCCAGCGGAGCGCGUCGGCGCCAAAAUCGGCGAUGAGUCGGAGUGUGAAAGUGAAGAUGGCGUUGGUGAAGGUGAGCGUGGAGGAGAGGAAGAGGAGGAGGCGGCAGAGCAUUUCAGUGAUGAAGAGGCCUCACGUCCUGCCGCAGAACCGAAGCCCGCUGCAGAUGCCCCGACAGAAGAGCUUGGUGAAGAGGAGGAGAGAGAUGGAGGGGACAAGGAAGUUAAAGAUGAUGAGAAGGGGAAUCUAGCUGGGGAGCGCCAGAGUGGGGACGGACAGGAAAGCACCGAGGACCCUGAGAAUAAAUCGGGCAGCAAAGGCCAGAAGCUGGACGAUGAUGAGGACCGGAAGAAUCCAGCCUACAUCCCCCGAAAAGGCCUUUUCUUUGAGCACGACGUGAGAGGCCAGGCUACAGAGGAGGAGAGGCCUAAAGGCAGGCACAGGAAGUUGUGGAAGGACGAGGGCCGUUGGGAUCACGACAAGUUCCGUGAAGAGGAGCAGGCGCCAAAAUCACGCGAAGAGCUAAUUGCUUUUUAUGGUUAUGACAUCCGUAACGGCACUGGGUCGAGUGAUGGACGAUCGUACCGCUCCCGAAAACCCAGACAUGCUGGUUCACCCAUUCGGGAGCCUAGGCGCCAUCGUGAAGGUGAGAAGUCGGUGCGUACAACAUGGCAGGCGCCUCCACCUGGCCAUCGCAACACCCCUCAGUCUGUUAUCCUGCAGUCAGGCCCACCUCCUGGUCCCCCUGCAGCACCCAAAUCCUCCGGCCGACCCUCGACCCAGCCCCCACAUCGCAGCUUCCAAAGUAGUCGAGCUCUGUCAGCCCCCCACAGGACAGAAGGGCAGAGACACUCGAAGCCCAGUCUAGAUGGCCCACCACCUCGAGGAGUGCGGCCACAGCCUGUAGAAGGUGAGAGGGGCCUGCGGCUCAGGGGCCGUGGUUCACAUGCUGUUCACGCUGACCAUAGCCCAGCCACGGUGGUGGAGGACAUCCGCAGUGAGGAAGAAGAGGAGGAGGGUGAGAUUCCAACAGCGACAACUACAUAUACCGCUCACCACUACAGGACAGAGAGAGAGAGGGUUCCGUCACCACGCAAACAAGAGUCUGGCCCAGCGAUGGAAGGGGGCAAUGCAGCCAGUCGGGUGCGAGAAUCGUCUCCUCCUCAAGAGAGGCCGGUGGAAAAGAAAUCAUACUCUCUUGCACGGAGGGCGACGCGAACACGACCGUCUGAUCUCGCUAAGCAAGCGUCGUUAGAUGACUCCUCACCUGCGGUCCAGCAAACCCCGGCGGCAGCAAAGAGUGAGUCGUGGCAAGAGCAGAGUGAUGCUGGAACGCAAGGUGGACUGACAGGGCUCGACCAGGACCUGGCCCAACUCAGCCUGGCUGGACAGAACUGGGCCCAAAGCCCUCCCUCCUACUUGCAGGCUGAGAUGAGAGGCAUCCGUAGCUCAGUGCACAUGGCAGGAGGGCCUCCACAGUAUGGAAACAUGGAGGAUAUUGGUGUUGGUGGUGGCCGGGCUAAGCGGUAUUCAUCACAGCGCCAGAGGCCAGUUCCCGAGCCUGCACCCAUGCACAUAGGAGUCAUGGAGGGCCAUUUUUAUGAACCCAUGUCUUUCCAGGGACCAAUCUACACACACGGCGACAGUCCAGCGGCCCUGCCCCCUCAAGGCAUGCUUGUUCAGCCUGAGAUGCACCUGCCACACCCCACCCAUCCCGGACACCCAGGUUUACACCCGCACCAGUCAGGAGGGCCCUUGCCCAAUCCGGCUCUUUACGCCGCCCCACCUGUUUCUAUGUCACCUGGGCAACCGCCUCCACAGCAGCUGCUACCCCCACCCUUCUACCCCCCGCCAGGUGUCAUGACCUUUGGGAACACCAACUAUCCGUACCCUGCCGGAGCUACGCUACCUCCAAUGUACCCCAAUCCCCAAGCACAGGCACAGGUCUACGGUGGUGUGACGUACUACGACACGGUACAGCAGCAAGCUCAGCCCAAACGCUCCCCGCCCCGACGUUCCUCUCAUCCCGUUACAGUCAGACCUCCCCCUCCUGAGGACCAGGGCAGAAAUCCCGCUGAGGAGAUUCGCUCCUAGCUGACAGAGGGCGAGGAGGCCGCGUGUCAGGACCAGCACCGCUUUUGUAUAAAUUGACUUCACCAUUUAGGUUUAAACUUUAGUUUUUGUUUUCUUUUAAUACUGUU